UAUGAUAUACAUUUCCAUGCAAACUUCCAUCGAAAAUUGGUUUGAACGAGAUCUAGUAAGUAGUUUUUUUUUAAUACGUCAUAAAUAGUAUGGAACCCUUCAUGGGCCAGUCCGACUCGCACUUGGCCGCUUUUUUAAUAUGUCAUAAAUGGUACGGAACCCUUCAUGGGCGAGUCCGACUCGCACUUGGCCGCUUUUUUGAUGAUAACUUUACGUACCGUGAGGUAAAAAAAUUUUUAAUGGAGGUUCUAAAUAGUACAAAUCAGGUACAAAAAUAUGGUAUGCUUUUCAAUUAUUUUUAUUUAAGUACACCCGCCAUUCUGACUUUCACAAGAAAUCAGUACACAAUUUCGUGUAGUGUGACAGAGGCCCUUCUUUGUUCCUACUUAGGAAUUAGGAUGUGUGAAGAUCAAAGAAUACAAUACUGUGAAGAUGGUGUGAAGCUCUUAUGACAUCCACACGGUCGCCGGGCACUUUUUGUAGGGAGGCCGACCGGCUUUCCUCCUCCAUCUUAACACCAGAGACAAGAGGGGGCAGAUGCAGAUAACGAUUUUCGAUGGCCCAGGUUUGAUCCACUGCAACUGGUUCACAGCACAGACUGUGCCAGUGUUAUUUGUACGUCAUAGAUUAAGGAAGUUUGACGUUUAAAAUAAUACUUGCACUGUCUCUGCUAUCUAAAUCGCUGCCGAGUUAGCUUGGUCUGACUCUAACAUGUUUUGUUUAGCUGUAGGCUGGUAGCAACAUUCACUCAGUUGUCACUUCAUAGUCGCCCUAAAGAACUGCAACUGUCUUACUCAGUGAUAAGGGUCAAUUUUGAUAAACAUAAAGUGACAUUACUAUCCGGUACUAUUUGAUCCAGUAUGUAUGUGUAAAUUGUGAAGAAACUUCUUGUUUUAUGCGAAGCAUUGGCAUUUGCGGGCUGAGUAACUAAGGUUUAAGUUCUUACUAAACAUACUAUAAUGUAUUUUAUUGCGCAUUCAUAUUGACAACCACAACCCUUCAAUUUUUGAAUUUUCAGGGCUGGAAACAUUAUUGCGAAAGCAUUUCGCAUAUCGCUGCUCGUUUCACACACAAAUCACACAAUACAAUCCAAUCCAAUCAGUAGUCUGUAGGAAAACUAGGUAGCGAACGCAACAGAGUUGCGUUGAAGUAUGAGGGUCCGAGUGCCCCGCUGCCGAUUGUUCUCCAGCAGAGUUCUGGCUAUCCUACUCCUAGCGGCAGCCCUUGGAGCUUACUGCUACUACCACAGCGCAUCUCCGAAUACUUACCAAAAACCAGAAGCACAUUUCGCUGCGGAAGAUAUCCUCGUCAAACUUCCGUCGCUCUCUGACCGUGUACCACCCAUACGCUACGAAAAGGAGGCAUCGGAGGCAUGCCCCGUCCUGCGCGAAAGCGCCGCCGACAUCGACACCGUGGCCGUCUACCCGUCCUUCGAAUUCCAGCCAAGCUGGAUGCGCACGAAAGAGUUCUGGGAUAGAACCUUUGAAGAACGCUACGACAAGAUCCGGAACGAUAGUCGGCGGCCCAAGCUAAAGGUAAUUGUGAUCCCACAUUCGCACAAUGACCCCGGAUGGCUAAAGACCUUCGAACAGUACUUCGAGUGGAAGACCAAGAAUAUCAUUAACAACAUCAUCAAGAAACUCAACCAGUACUCUAACAUGACUUUCGUGUGGUCUGAGAUUGCAUUUCUGAAUGCCUGGUGGGAGAGAUCGCAUCCUGUUAAACAAAAAGCUUUGAAGAAGCUGAUAAGAGAGGGUCGUCUGGAGAUAACCAGCGGGGGCUGGGUGAUGCCCGACGAAGCAUGCACACAUCUGUACGCACUGGUUGACCAGUUCAUCGAAGGACACCAGUGGGUGAAGAACAAUUUGGGCGUAGUUCCUAAAACCGGGUGGUCGAUCGAUCCUUUUGGCCACGGUCCCACCGUGCCCUACCUGCUGGAUCAGAGCGGGCUCAAGGGCGCCGUCAUCCAGCGGAUUCAUUACGCCUGGAAGCAAUGGCUGGCAGAGAGGCAGAUAGAGGAGUUCUACUGGAUGUCAGGAUGGUCCGGUAAAAAACCGUCGCUUAUAGUUCACAACCAACCCUUCGACAUUUACUCAAUCAAAAGUACUUGUGGGCCUCAUCCGUCGGUUUGUCUGAGCUUUGACUUUAGAAAAAUACCCGGGGAAUACUCGGAAUAUACCGCGAAACAGGAAGAAAUCACGGACGUGAAUCUUCACAGCAAGGCGAAGACCCUAUUCGAGGAAUAUGAGCGGAUCGGGUCACUGACGCCGCACAAUGUGGUGCUCGUGCCGCUCGGCGACGACUUUCGCUACGAGUAUGCCGUGGAGUUCGACGCGCAGUACACCAACUAUAUAAAAAUGUUCAACUAUAUCAAUAGCCGCAAAGACAUAUUCAACGGUAAUGUGCAAUUUGGGACACCCUUAGACUAUUUCAAAGCGGUAAAAAAACGACACAAGGCUAUACCGACGUUAAAAGGUGACUUCUUUGUCUACUCGGAUAUAUUUAGCGAAGGCAAACCCGCCUAUUGGUCCGGUUAUUACACGACGAGGCCGUACCUGAAGAUCCUCGACAGGCAAUUGGAACAUCAACUGAGAUCAUCAGAAAUCCUUUUCACUCUGGUCUCCAACUAUAUCAAACAAUCUAAAAAUGCGAAAUUAGUUUCAUCUGAAAAGAGAUUAGAAAAAUCUUACGAACAAUUGAUAAAUGCGAGGAGAAAUUUAGGACUUUUCCAGCAUCACGACGCUAUAACGGGAACUUCUAAAGCUAACGUUAUGUACAACUACGGAACGAAGUUGUUUACAAGUUUGUAUCACUGUAUACGCCUGCAGGAAGCGGCCUUGACGGCCAUUAUGAUUCCUGAUGAGAGCUUGCACUCCCAGAGCGUGCUUCAAAGUGAAAUCGAAUGGGAGACUUACGGAAAACCUCUAAAGAAACUUGAGGUUUCACUUUUUGAUAAAAAGAAAAUUAUUCUGUUUAAUCCACUCGCGGAAACGAGGACUGAGAUUAUCACUAUCAGAUCGAACACGACAAAUAUUAGAGUGUAUGAUACACGGCAAAACGAGUAUGUUCUUUACCAGAUCUCACCAAAUAUAGAAGUCGGCGCUGACGGCCGCCGAUACAUCAGUGAAACUACUUUCGACGUUCUGUUUGUAGCCACGCUGCCCGCGCUGACUGCUGUCACAUACAAUCUGGAAGAACACACGAAUAGAUCCCAUCAUUGCACCGUUUUUUGCAAUAAUUGCGAUACCAACCAAAAGGCAGAUUCUGAUAAAGUGGACAACUUUGUAACAAAACGAAUGAUGCAAGGUGAUAUACAACUAGAGAACGGUGUUAUGAAACUGCUGGUUGCCAGGAAUACAGGAUUCUUGCGACAAAUUUACAGGAAGGAUUUGAACAGAAAAAAUGUGGUAGAAAUCCAAUUCGGCGCUUAUCACAGCGCACAGAGACAUUCCGGGGCUUACCUUUUUAUGCCGGAUAAUGACAACCCAGAAAAGGAUGUUCUAGGGCAGUACUCCAAUGGGAACAGCGAGCAGGACGACAACAUCUUUAUCGUGUCGGGCCCAGUGUCGACUGAAAUAACUACCAUGUACUUGCCGUUCCUAGUCCACACCCUCAGGAUUUACAACGUGGACGAUCCUGCGCUCUCGCAUGGGCUGUACGUGGAAAACGUGGUUGACUUCGAGAACCCUCCGAAAAACAGAGAAACCGAACUUUUUAUGAGAAUUCAAACUAACAUACAAAACGGAGACCCACAAGAGUUUUAUACCGAUCAAAAUGGAUUCCAGUAUCAGAAAAGAGUUAAAGUUGAUAAGCUGGGAAUCGAAGCUCACUACUAUCCGAUAACUACGAUGGCGUGGUUGCAGGAUGACGAGACCAGACUGACGUUAGUGACGAACCACGCCCAGGGCGCGUCGGCCUUCGAGCCCGGCCGCCUGGAGGUCAUGCUCGACAAGAGAACACUCUAUGACGACUACCGAGGUCUGGGUGAAGGAGUCGUGGAUAACAAAGUUACACUGUUCCAGAAUUGGCUGCUCCUCGAACCGAUGCCUGGGUUACAGAGGACGGUAAGAGAAACCGGAGCGCAAGAUUUCCGCCAUUCUAAUGAGCGCUAUUUCAGCGCGAACCAAAAACCUUAUACCAAAGAAUUUACAUAUCAGUUGCCGUCACAAACGGCCGACUAUUUAAGCAGGACGCUCAAUUAUCCAGUCAAUACUUUCCUGCUGGACACAAGUGAAGUGGGAGAAGUAGAAAUAAAGUCUCAUCAGACCUUUGUGGAGAACUUCCCGCCCGGGGUGCACCUGGUCACGCUGAGAACCAUCACGGACGACAUUUUAGACCAGUUCCCAAGUUCUUCCUGCUUUAUGGUAUUGCAAAGGCCCGGAUAUAGCUGCUCUGUAGGUUCGCAACAAGACAAAUCCACCAAAUUCACAUCUAAAACUUCAUUCACGGGCUUGCGUAUAGAGAAUAUUACUUCGGUAAGUUUGACUGGCUUAAAAACUUACAAAUUCCUGGAUGGAAUGAAAGAUGUGAAGAUAGACCCUAUGGAAGUAUUAACUUACAAGAUCCGGUUUUGAAGACUGUUAGGUAAAUAAAAAAUAAUGUUACAUUAGUACAUAACGAUACAAGUGCGAAAAAUAGGAAAUUCUAAACUAGUGGCGAUAAAUUAAAAGACGAUUGAAGGGAGUGUUUUAAAUCGACACGAGUUGCGAAUUACCUAUUCGCACAUGUAUCGUACAACGUUUUACACUACAUAUGGCCCUUUAAAUGUUCGACAUAGUAACGUAAUAUGCUAAUUUUUGCACUAGUGCGGUAAAGUAGCACCAUAUGUACUGUAAAUUAAUAUUAUGUAUUCACGUGAGAUAGCUUUAACAAACAAGGCUACCCAACAGGUACCCUUGUUUCAAGUUUAGGAAAAUUUUGACUGGACAUAAAUUACACGAAAUUUCGGGCAAAACUCCCUUAAAAAUUUUUAGUAAUCACGAUAAAAUAAAAUAGAACUUGUUAUCCAUACGGUUGUCGAUACCUACAGCAAUGUAGGUAUCGACAACCGUCUUUAUGCAUAUUAGGCUACAACGACAUUAUUGUAUUUGGGUAUAAGUCACCGCUAAAGUAUUUGCUGUUACAAUACCGAAUUACAAUAACGUUGUUGUAUUUCGAUAUUUUUGGUAUAAGCCACAGUUAAACUCUGAAUGUCAAAGCGCCUAUUUUUUUCGAGUUUUGUGGCCCAAUUUUGAGGGAGUGCUAUGGUUAGUUGGUUACAGGACACAUGUAGCUGCCAGGCAUGCCGUGACGUCUUAUAACAUUAUAAACAUAUUUGAAACAAAAUAACCGUAUUUCGUGCAAUAUUAUAAAGUAAUAACAAAAAAAUGACAAUGGUUAAGUAGGUGUAUAGAUAAAAUUUAAUCCAGAUCUCUAAUACAUUCCUUUUAUUUAGUACAAUAAGAAAACUAUUAAAAAAUGAGACAAGUGAUUACCUAUACAAGUUUACAUGUACAUUGUUAAUCAUAAAAAGGAUAAGUUAUCGAAGAACCGUAGGAGUUAUUUUGUCUAAUGUCUUGAGAUCAUCUUAUAAAAUGGAAUGAUCAUUUCAGGACCAAAUAAAUUUCGUCUUUAUAGCUUCGCAAUUAUCGAAGAGUUGCAAUAUUUUAUUUAUUGCCACAUUACACAUUCUUCAAGACCGAUCAACUUAAAUGCUGUGCAGUACCUAUCCUUAACUCAACACUUAUCUUUCACUAUUGUACUGGUGAAUUGAAGGAAGGUAUAAUCUUUAGUAUCUUUCAAGGUAUAAUCUUUGACGACCGGUUUGGCCUAGUGGAUAGUGACCCUGCCUACGAAGCUGAUGGUUCCGGGUUCAAAUCCUGGUAAGGGCAUUUAUUCGUGUGAAUAUUUGUUCCUGAGUCAUGGGUGUUUUCUAUGUAUUUAAGUAUUUAUAAAUAUUUAUAUAUUAUAUAUAUCGUUGUCUAAGUACCCUCAACACAAGCCUUAUUGAGCUUACUGUGGGACUUAGUCAAUUUGUGUAAUAAUGUCCUAUAAUAUUUAUUUUAUUAUUAUUUUAUUUUAUUUUUAGUAUUCAAGCUGAGCCAGUAUGUUAUUGUAGGGGUUCCGCAAACCGCGGCUAGCGAGCUGCAUGCGGCUCUUUGAAAGUACAAUUGCCGAUGACCGGUCCGGUUUGACAACCAGUCCUAGGCCUAGUGGGUAAGUGACCUUACCUAUGAAGCCGAUUGUACUAUGUUCGAAUCCCGGUAAGGAUAUUUAUUCCUGGGUCUAUGUAUUUAAGUAUUUAUAAUUAUAUUAUAUAUAUCGUGGUCUGAAUACCCAGAACACAAGCCUUCUCGAGCUUACUGUGGAACUUAGUCAAUCUGAGUAAGAAGGUCCUAUAAUAUUGAGUUUCCAAAAACUGGUAAAUAGCAUUGCGAUUAGCUCUUCUUCUCAAAAGUUUGCCGACCCCUGGCCUAUUGUACGGUCGAGGAAAUGGAUUCUUUAGCAGUUUACGGUUCACUUCACAUUGGACAGCUCUUAGCAUAAGUAUGUACAACUAAAUUUACUUGAACCGUAAACUGAUAAAGAAUCAUUUUCCUCGACUGUACAUAUUAGAAACCCCAAACAGAAGGCAAGGAAAGCAAACCGCAAUUGAGUAAAAAUCUUGCGGAUCGUGGCUAUAUAUUCAAACAGAUUUAUGAAUAAUUUUUUUUUUUUUUUUUAAUACUACGUCGGUGGCAAACAAGCAUACGGCCUGCCUGAUGGUAAGCAGUAUCCGUAGCCUAUGUACGCCUGCAACUCCAGAGGAGUUACAUGCGCGUUGCCGACCCUAACCCCCUCCCACCCUAGUUGAGCUCUGGCAACCUUACUCACCGGCAGGAACACAACACUAUGAGUAGGGUCUAGUGUUAUUUGGCUGCGAUUUUCUGUAAGGUGGAGGUACUUCCCCAGUUGGGCUCUGCUCUAGAUCUGGAAUGACAUCCGCUGUGCUGUGCCCUACUACACAGAGCGAGAUGACAUUCACAAUGCCCAUACCUCUUUUGUGGACGUAGUUUAAGGACAUACCCGGGUCCAAUUUUAUUUUACUUGAUUUGUUUGUUCGUUCGUUCGUAUAAAUAAUUCAAUUUACAAUCAAAAUAAGUUACGCAUGAGUAAAUGGUAAUUUCUUAACUAUUUUAGUUGCACACGUCUACCGGUCAAAUUGUUUUAAUAUUUUUGAUCAGUUUUAAACAGUUUACUGAAACACUCAUCAUCAUCAUCAUCAAUAUCAUCAUAUAUGUAUUUAAGAGUUAGACUCUUGUCAGUGGAGCGAUUUCCAUGUAUGUCGAUCCUUUGCCUUCUUGCUAUGGAAGGUGGAGGUAAGAAAUGGAAUCUCCAUAUACCAAAAAGUGUCGUCAAAAAACCUUAAAUAGGUGGCGCUACAAUACCUAGAAUACUUGAACAAAAAAUCAAAUCAAAGUCAGCGCACUUCUCUCCGUCAAUAGCGCCUAGGUUCUUAGCUUCUCUAGCGCUACUGUGGAGAGAUUUGGAACUAUUAUUUAUAGCUGACAGCUGGACACUUUGUAACAGUUCUAACAUGAGAGAUUUCACUCCUUUUAAUUCCAUACUUCUUGCCUGAUGCGACACGACCUUGAGUUUUCCUUUACUUUAUUCAUAAUAAAUAUAUGGUCUCCUCUUCUUCCUCUUUGCUUCAACUCUCCCUUCUAUGAUGUUUUUUUUAUAAACUCAUCGUGUCGAAAUAGUAGGUGUCCAAGCGUCUUUCCUCUUCUGUUCACUAUGGUAUUCAACAAACUAUAUCCUAUAUUCUAUCCUACUAUACUUAAAACCACAGCGCAAAACCUCUUCGUUCGUCCUGAAAUACCAAUCAACAUAAUAAUUAUUGUUUAUUAUAGCACUCUAUAUAUAUAUUUUUUAUUUAUACUGUAUUAGUAUUGAUUUCUAACAAAAUGUUGGUGGUAACUAACUACAGGAAAAAAAAUCCAAAUAUCCUGGUGGCUAGUGAAAAAAAAAAACCCAGUGUUACCACUAGUGACAACUUGGUGGUAACUAGUUCGAAUAACCCAUAUUUAAUUGGCUCAGCUUGAAAACUCAAGACUUAAAUAGAAGCUAGUAAGUAAGUGUUACAAUGAUCUUUUAAAGCGCAAUAUACAGUUUUUGACAAAUAUGAACACCAAUAGAAAAUCAAUUUUAUACUAAAAAAAAUGAAUAAGUACGUAAUAAAAAAAGUAUUUGCAGUAGCAAACGUUACAGGAAAUAAUGUAUUUGACUUAACCAAUGUCUAGAGAAGUAAUGAAUGCUUUGUUUAUUCUAGCUUGUCUUUCCAUUAUUGCAAAGAUAAUCGCGAUUCGUUUUAUUUCGACAAUGCAUAUGCCCUGUUAUCGAUUUGGCGAUAUUUUUACGAAUCUACUCUCUGUAGCAGUAGAAUAAACCAUAGGGGUAAUAUCAGUAGAAGGACACCCCAGUAAAUAAAUUUUGCUAAAAUACCAAAUUAUAAAUUAGUUUGUGUGCAAUAAAUAUUAUGAUUUAUAGGUUAGGUUAGUUAAUUAAAAAUAUAAUUAUUAAUUAGGCAUAUCAAAUUACAUGGAAUUUAACCUUGGAUGUAUUUUAGAAACUUAGGGUAAUAUAUAAGCAUAAAAAUUUCGUUAUAUUGUAUAAUAAUUGCUGUGAUAGCGCUCAUAAUAAUUGUAACUAGUAAAUAAGUUUUGUUUGUGAAUGUAUGUUGUUACACCUGGAGGCUUAUUUGAUACGAAAAAGUUACAGAUAGCGACGAGACUAGGUUGUGGCCACUUGUGGCAAAUAGUGAUGUCCAAUACGAAAUGCUUUAUGGUCUGUCAUUUUUCUCAUUUUGAUAGUUCAGUUUAUCAAUAGUCAACCUUUGCUAUUUCUGAAACUUUCGCGAGUGAAAUAGGACCACUGAGCGACAAAACAUCGAUCAGGACAAGGGACAUAAUUACAAUCCAUUGACAAGUUGCAUAAGUAAAAUGUUUAACCCGGAAGUCACUGUGACCACGAAAUCCGUGGUAUAUAUAUAUAUAUAUAUAUAUAUAUAUAU